AUGCAAAGAGGGCACACCAGUGUUCCUAUUUGUUCGACGAAUGCUCGGGAGUGUGCAGCAAACGCCCUCAUAACUGCGCUUCCAGACAUCAUAGGGCACAAGCGCAUUGGGCGGUUUAGUUCUGAGAUAGCCGGGCACCAAGGGCUUCUGAAUCUGCUUGAUGUUCACUGUGAGAAUCUCAUGGCGUGGAACAAUAUCCAUGGCAUCCGUGGCGGGAUACUGGACACCUCUGUGCACGAGCGACGGGAGCGGUUUGGUGCGAAUUAUUUAGCGCGUAUUCCCAAAAAAAGUUUCAUCUCGUUUGUCAAGGAAUCUGUCGAAGGUGAUCGAAUACUGCAACUCCUCAUUGGUUCAGCGGUUUUAUCCAUUGUGGUAGGUAUGAUAACGCCGGAGUAUCGUGAGGGAAACGCCAAUCUAAGUACGGGAUGGGUAGAAGGUGCGGCCAUUUUUCUUUCCGUUGUCAUCGUUGUGACAUUGGGUGCGUUGAAUAAUUACAGGAAACAGGAACAAUUUGCUCAUAUUAUUGAAAGUGAGGAUCAGACUAGGCAGCUUGUACUCGUUUGGCGCUAUGAAACUGCUUCAGGCGGGGAGUUGCUUCUUCGACCGAUGGAAAUACGUAGCGAGGAUGUUGUUGUGGGUGAUGUUGUUCAAAUUUCUGCAGGUAUGGAACUGACGUUUGAUGCCAUCUUAUUUGACAACCGUCACAUUGUAUGCGAUGAGUGCAGUGUAACGGGUGAAAAUGAGGAAAUCGUGAAGGACCUCCAUAGUGACCCCUUUUUGAUUAGUGGGUCCAGUAUUCUUGACGGUUCUUCAGAUGCUGUCGCCGUUGUUUGUGCGGUGGGGGAACGCAGUUUUGCUGGAGAGAUUGCCAUGACAAUUCAUGGCACCGAGAAGAGGAAUACCCCCCUACAGGACCAGCUUGAGGCGUUGGCAGAACGAAUUGGAAAGUUUGGUUUAUUGGCGGCCAUAUUAACAUUUACGGCGCUUUUUCUAAAAGAAGCAUAUCGGAUUGUGGUGUAUGGAAGCCCAUUCUCUGCCAUGAAGUUUUUUGAAAACCUGACUACGGCCAUUGCUAUCGCUGUAGUCGCAGUACCUGAGGGGCUUCCUUUGUCGGUGACCAUUUCACUUGCCUAUUCCAUGCGUCGCAUGCUACAAGAUGGAAAUCUGGUACGACACUUGGCAGCGUGUGAGACUAUGGGUGGGGCGACGGUACUUUGCACGGACAAGACGGGCACGAUUACAUUGCCCGAGAUGAAACUUGCUCGUAUUUUUUUUCAAGGUCACAGCUACUUGAGAGAGGGGAAUAAUUUAAAUGGGAUAAUACCUGGCCUUGACGCCAUUGUCACGGUUUCCUCUCCACACUCUGCUGCACACCUGAUGGAGUGUGUUGCUGCUAAUACCUUAGAUCCGGAGUUGGGGCGAGUGCGCAGUAGAACUGGGGAAGCUUUAAUGCAACUAAAGUCUAGUAUUUGCAUUGUUGCAGAGGAUGGGCAUAUCACUCCCUUUUCCUAUGAUGAGGAACCACUGUUGGCCGUUAUGCGCGAUAAAUCAUCAUGUGUUCGUUUUCCAUUUAGUUCGCUUCAAAAAAAGAGCACGACGGUACUCAAGCUUCCAAAUGGAAUCUAUCGCGUCUACGUAAGUGGAGCGCCUGAGAUGGUACUUGCUUCAUGUCAAAGUGUUGUUGUAGAGAAUGGCCGCCUUGCCCCGCUGGACGAUGCGCGUCGUGUGUACUAUGAGAGUAUUCUGCAAGACUAUGCGGAGGCCGGCCUUCGUACCGUUUGCUGUGCCUACGGGGACAUUAACCCUUUGGAAGAAGCUGUAGGACUCUCUGGCAUGCCGCUUACUCCACCCAAUAUCCCGUUAACUUUCGUGGUGCUUAUCGCGUUAGAGGAGGCAAUUCGUCCCGAGGUGCCAAGGUCUUUGGAGCUGUGUGCCCGUGCUGGCCUGCGUGUGAUUAUGAUUACAGGUGACGCGAUGCUCACGGCCAUCAAUAUUGCAGCCCGUUGUGGUUUACUAGAUCUGGCGCGACCCUCAGAUUUUGAUACUUGUCACACUUCUUUGUCUCUAGGUUCGCCUGCGUCGUUGCGGGCGGUGGAAACUCUCAUUGCGGAGGGUUAUGUAAUGAGUGGAACGGACUUUCGCAGCCUCAAAGAUGAAGAAUUUCUAGAUAAAUUCAUGCUAAAUAUUUGUGUCUUAGCCCGUGCCACCCCACUAGACAAGAAACGCGUUCUGCGGCUUUUAAAGCUACACAACCCUCUGGCUGUGGUGGCAGUGACCGGUGAUGGCACAAACGAUGCCCCAGCCCUUAAAUCGAGUGAUGUGGGAUUUGCGAUGAAUACUGGGAGUGAUGUGGCAAAACGUGCCUCUGACAUUGUGCUUCUUGACAAUAAUUUUGCCGGUAUGGUGAAGGCAACCAUGUGGGGCCGUAAUGUAAAGGGCAACAUCAGGAAGUUUCUGCAGUUUCAGUUAACUGUGAACUGUGUGGCGUGUUUGAUUGCUUUCUCUGGGGCUCUCAUGAAUGAGCAAAAUAUGUCACCACUGAAGCCGGUUCAAUUGCUCUGGCUCAACCUCAUCAUGGAUACUUUGGCGGCAUUGGCGCUCGCAACAGAGUUGCCUUCUGAGUCCGCGCUCCUCUCACGUCCUCCAGAGUCCCGUAAUGCCCCUGUGAUUCUUCCUAGUAUGUGGUUUCAGGUGGCAACACAGGGCGGGUUUCAGUUUGUUUUGCAGAUGCAUCUCCUUUUUUCUGGUAAUAAGCAUUUUAAAACCAGGCAUGUAGGUGAGGGACUGCCGGACAUUUUCUCCAGUAUUGAAUACUUCGGACCCAAGCAUCUCUCCAUUGUGUUCAAUGUGUUUGUGAUCAUGCAGGUGAUGAAUUUUUUUAAUGCCCGCCUUUUAACUCAGGAGGAAACCUUCUUUGGGCGAUGGGGAGAUAGUUCAGGCCUGUUGCUGAUUGUUUCUCUCAUUGUGGUUUUGCAGGUAUGUAUUGUGCAGUACGGCGGUCGCCUGAUGUCAACAGUUCCAUUAACGGCAUAUGAGUGGAUGGUCUGCGUCAUGUAUGCAAUGUGGAGUCUUGUGGUGGGUGCGAUAUCACGGUGGUGGUGGUGGAAGGUGUUUCGUGGCAAAGUCCGUGGCACUGCACACUGGACGCGGUGGCACCUGGAGAAUCUUUGCAACCCAUCGAUCGCAAAGCGCAGCUAG